UUGACGAACCCACGAUCAGGGGAAAGGGUCAGAGAGGCACUUCGACAAGCAGCUGCUGCACGUUUCGCCAGUCUUCAACCCCAACUUUGGCUUGAGCUACCAUUUUAAACACUUGGCUCGGUCUUGUUUUAUUUCCUGUGGAUAGUUACGGUUGACAGUUGCGUGUCGUCAUCAUUGAAGAACGAUUCUUUUUUAUUUUUUUUACCACAUUCUCAAAGUAACGGGCGGCGGAGAACCUCAGCUAGCGGCGGCUAUCACUAGGCUAGCAGGCUAACGUUAGCUAACGUUAGCUAGCGACCUGGCUAGCUGCACACGAGCUGAGCACUGCUCGGUGGGGAGGAGGGGGGGGCGGCGGCUUGCCUACAGUGUCGUUUGAUGGAUCCAAGAAUCGCCUGGUUUCAACCAGAACAGCGUGGACCCGCGAACAACCUGUGGAUGCAAAUUUGGGAGACGACUCAAGGGCUCGGCUACCUGCACGUAAAUAACAGCUACAUCACUGGAUCUCAGAACACGUCGAGCCUGAAAGCGAUCGUCAACGGGGCGUCGGGUGCACUCCUCGCCGGCAGAAACGUUGCACUUGAUACGAACAACACCGGCGGCGACGAAGCCAGGACUCAGACCGUGUCGUACCCGAUGGCGAACCGGGAAUUAACGGCACAGCGGGACUUUUUACCACUGGAAACCAACUGCAACCACCACAACAACCGAGCCGGCGGCAGGGGCGGUGUCGUCGGAGGGAGGCAGCAGGGCAGCGAUGUGCUUUCGAGGUGGCCGGCUGACGGUCACCCCAACAAAAGAAAAAGAGACAACAAGGCCAGCACUUUCGGAUUAAAUUCUAGCCUCUUGAACGGCAGCGUCCCCGGCUCCAACACGGGAGCCUACGAGGGCUACUCGGGCACACCGUGGAAAGAAAGGACGUACUCGGAAGGAAUCGUCGGGUUACACGAGGAGGUCAAAGACUUCUAUAAGUACAUCUCCCCGCGGGCGGAGGAGGAGAAGAUGAGAGCGGAGGUGGUGGAGAGAAUAAAGCGAGUCAUCUACGACCUGUGGCCCAGCGCUGAGGUCCAAGUCUUUGGAAGUUUCAGCACUGGUCUUUAUCUGCCAACAAGCGACAUUGACUUGGUGGUUUUCGGGAAGUGGGGGACCCUCCCACUGUGGACGCUGGAAGAGGCUCUCCGGAAAAGGAAAAUCGCAGAUGAGAACUCCAUCAAAGUUCUGGACAAAGCCACGGUUCCCAUCAUCAAACUGAGAGACUCCAUCACUGACGUCAAAGUGGACAUCAGCUUCAACGUGAAAAAUGGUGUCGAAGCUGCCCGGCUCAUCAAGGAUUACAAAGAGAAAUACCCCGUGCUGCCUUACCUGGUCCUGGUGCUGAAGCAGUUCCUACUGCAGAGGGACCUCAAUGAGGUGUUUACCGGCGGGAUUGGCUCCUACAGUGUCUUCCUCAUGGCUGUCAGCUUCCUGCAGCUUCACUACCGGGAGGACGUGUGCAGCCCCAACAUCAACAUCGGCGUCCUGCUCAUCGAAUUCUUCGAGCUCUACGGCCGCCACUUCAACUACCUGAAAACGGGCAUCAGGAUAAAAGACGGAGGCUGCUACGUUGCCAAAGACGACGUUCAGAGGAACAUGGACGGAUACAGGCCCUCCAUGCUCUACAUCGAGGACCCGCUGCAGCCGGAUAACGACGUCGGUCGGAGUUCAUACGGCGCCAUGCAGGUGAAGCAGGCCUUUGACUACGCCUACGUGGUGCUCAGCCACGCCGUGUCACCCAUCGCCAAGUACUAUCCCAACAACGAGGCGGAGAGCGUGCUCGGCCGAAUAAUCCGGGUAACCCAGGAAGUGGACGAGUACAGGGAAUGGAUCAAGAAGAACUGGGGGAGUCAGAACGACGUGCCACUCAACAGAAAUGACGUCACGCUGUUUGAGUCCCAGCAGCUUGAUGAGCGCAACAACAACGUUCCAGACGACGACGACGACGAUGACGUAGUAGUUCUACCGUCUGCCCCCCGCAGCAAAACCUCCUCCAAUUCCUCCUCUCCGUCGCCCUCAUUGCGCUCCUCCUCCUCUCCACUGUCGCCUUCCUCCACAACCACAACCUCCUGCUCCAGCGACGCGGACUCUGAUGGCACGCCGUGUAAGACGGCUAAGCAGCAGCAGCAGCAGCGGCAGUCCGGCCGGGGCUCCAGCGGCCACAGAGAAAAGUCCACCGUUGCCAAUAACAACCGAACACAGAGCCAGGCGAACAGCACUCCGUCUGGAAGCAACAAGGGUGGCAAGGCCAGGACGUCUCGUGCCAACCAUAAGAGCGGCCACCCGGGGCAGCAGAGCUCCACCCCUAGCACCAAAGCGAGCAACAAGCCGCACCACCCGGGCAACAGCAAGAAGAGGAAAAAUGUGCGAGACUCUACACAGGAGGACCUCUGCAGAUAGGGGUGACUUUGCCUCCCCCUCUUUCCCCCCACCCUGGUGCCCCCCCGUCUCUCUCUUCCCGUCCUCGUCUGCAACUGAUUGACUGUGCUGCCGGGACUCCAGCCUCGGGAGGUUGAUAAAAGAGGCUUCUAAGAAAAAACAUCCACAGUAUCUGUCUCGCUGUCAAAGCUUUUCGGGGUGACAAAGCAACGAUUUCUUGCGGGACAAAAAAAAAAGAACAAAAAAAGAAUUGUUAUAGGAAAUUAGGUUUAAUUUCUUGAACUUUGAACUGAAAUCACAAUGGCUCUCACGGAGCUCAUUUGCUUCUCAACGGCUUCUUUUACGGAGGGGUGUUCCUUCUUGCAGCCAGCAUCUACACACAUGCCUCUUGCGCCUCCUGCUGUUCAGGAAUAGACAUGGCCGGGAUCUGGAAUCGACUGCAGCAGCAAUACCUGGAAAAUAGGAUGAGAAAUUUUAUCCCCCAAAAAAAGAAGAAAAAGACAAAAUCGAAAAAUGUUGAUCUGCAGACAAACAUGUACACAGAUUUUCUUAAGAUGGUAACAUACAAAUGCAAUCAGUAAGAGUGGGACAUAACUUAUGCAUGGGAUUUUGUUGUUGUUGUUGGGUGAUUCCUUUUUUCUGUUGGUUUGAUCUGUUUUGAUAUGUCUCAACAGGUUAUACAAAGAUUUGUACAAAAAAAACACAUAAGCAAAAAAAAGUUUAAAAAAAAAAGAUAAGUAAAAAGAAAAUGUUUUCAUAUGACCUUUUUACAAGAUAUGCCGAUCGAAGACAUGUAAACGUGCACAUCGUGUGCCCUCAGUUUUUCUUGGCCUAAGCCAAGAGCUGGUCCGGGGGUCCCAUUGCCAACAUAAUCAUCAGCAUCUACUUUUACUUCCGGUUGCUCUCUGUGUGCGCCAGUGUUAACGUCUAGCCUCCAGCGAGCCCUAAUAGACGACUGGAUGGAGUCUAAUCCCACCCAGCUCAAUAGCACAGCCACACCAGUUUAGGGACUUUAGGAGGUUUAAAUUAAUACGGGGAGGUUGGGGAAGGGGGGGGGGGGCUUAUUGGUUUUAUCGAGAAAUCCUACACUUGAAAAAGAAAUGUGUUAACAAUACAACUGUGGGUGAUGAUCAGUUACUUUGGUAAUUUACCCACUGCAAAAUAAUUUGUAUUUGUUAAAUGUAUUUAUUUUUUUAUUAAUUAUGAGCAUAAUAUGGAUACAUAUAAAAUUAACAUUAGAGCCCAUAUCUUUGAGUCCUAUAUUUGAAGCUGCAUAUAUUGCGAGAAGGGUCUGGUGCAAACAGUUAUUUUCAGGUACAGUACAAUUAUCACCUUGUGUUAUUUCAUUGGGUUGUUUUUUGUUUUGUUUUUUUCAGUGACCGUUGAGUGACCAAGUUACUUUGAGACCAUUUUACAAGUCCUACAGUGCGAAAUUGUUUUAAUAUGUGGCUGGUCUCCUUACCUUAAAAGGGAGCUGAAUUUUUUUUUUAUUGUUUUAUAAACUCAUAGAAACAAACACUUGUUAAAUAUGUCAACCUCCCCUCUAUCGUUGCAGUACAACCACUAACCGCUAGAUGGAGUCAUUGCUCUCAGUCGGAACCCACAGAGUUUGGGCUUGAAUAUACUGCAUUUGGAAGUUUCAUCUCUGCGAUGUUUUUGUCAUCGAUUAUUCCGAUAUUUGGACUUGAUGAGCAGCUACACAUAGAAGUAAAAAAAACAACAAAAAACCUUUCGAGUGCUUGCUCGAGAGAGACCCACACCAAAGCACACCACAAUCCUCUCUACUACAAUACAAAGUAGCCAGCAAUAACCACCAUCUUUCCUGAUCGCUCUUAUUUCCCCACAUUGAGGCCCGCAGCCACGGACCGACCCGCUGACCUCUGAGCGCCCUCAGUCUUCCGUGCGAGGACGGCGAAAGCACACCUGAUGAAGUCCACGCACUAACUGAAGGCCGAGUACACCUGACGCCCCGCUUCUCCCCUCUCUAAGCGUCACAGUUCGCAGGUUGUAAAUGCAGUUUGUGACCGCGGGUCUUUGUGGUAGACGGAGGAAGGUAAAAAAAAAAAAACCGUGCCAUUUGAAUGUCCACUGACCAUCUCUGUUAACUGCGGGGGGGCUUCAGACCCUUCGACCCCUCACUGUACCCACCGGAAAAACGUUGUUUAUCUGCAGCUGCUACAAGUCAUGCAAUAAAAAAAAAGCUGUACCAUUAAA